CAGCCAUCGGCAUCCAAGCCAAUAAUACACAGCUUCGUGCCUCCAUCCCUCUCCCACCACCUCAUCUCUGGCUCAUCCAGCCGCGCGCUUCUAGUCACCAUCUUCUUCUUCUCCCUUCCCUAAUUCCCCCGUUCUUGUUCCCGACAUGUCUCGCCGCCUCGGCCGCGUCGGGAGCGACCUCAGCCGCAGCAACCACCGCACAGCAACAAACCAUGGCCUACACCGCCAAAGCACGAGUGAUAUUAAUGUCGAUAGCAGCAACACCGGCAAGGCCAAGCAGAAGCUCUCGCUCCUCUUCUCCAGCGUCGCCUCCUGGACAAGAAGCGAGACCCACGGCGACACAGGUAAGCCGCAGACCAACGGAACAGGCAAGCGGCGAGGUCUUGACAUAGGUCAGGUGGUGAGGAAGUACGUGUCAAUGGUGGAGCAGCUUUUCACGUCUUACUCAGGUGGUGAUCGUCGGGAGAAGGAGAGGCGAGGCCUGCGGCGUGGACCGCACUCGUUCACCUCCGGCCGCGGCAGCACGUCGUCCAAGCGGUACAAAGGGAGGCUGUCGUCGGCGCCCGCGUCGCUGAGAGGGUCGCCGGCGAACAGCGGGCGUCUCUCCGUGGGGGAGUCGGUGAAGGUGUCGACGUUGUCGGAGGUGAGCACGAUGGAGGAGCUGCAGAGCGCCAUCCAGGCCGCCAUCGCGCACUGUAAGAACUCCAUCGCCGUCGACAAGCAGCAGGGCGGCGCCGGCGACAAGCAGUGUAAAUGUUGAAGCGGUGGUGUCUUGCGCGUGUGUGAUACUUCACAUUUGCACGUCACGAGCAACUGUACGUGCAUGCCUGUACACUGUACAAGGCUCGGGCUUGGCCGUGACAAGUUUAAUGGUCCAGUGUGUGUUUAUCAGUCUGUGUAAAGCUGCAUGAGUGAAAAGGAAAAAGACGACUUAGAUUUGAAGCGAAUAGUUUUUUUUUUUGAAACAUUUUAAUUAUCUGUGGAUUUUCUUUUGAGAUUGGAUUUGUUUUUUUACUA